ACAUCUCAAACCACCACGCUCAAAAUCAGGGGCUCCUCCGUCCAACGGUUCGUGGUCUCGUCGUUGGCCUGCUCUGCUCCGCUCUCCGACCACCGCGGACAUGGUGGAGGACUCGUCGAGCUCUUGAACCCGCUUCGCUUCCCGCGCGUUUCCAUUGCUCCGCCGCCGCCGCCGCCGCCGCGAGGAUCGUCCCGAAGGAAGUUGUAUAGGUGUGACAUAUCGUUUCUGUCUGUAGGGUCUUCCUGCUUGGCAAGUUGUUGCUAACUAUAUCAAUUGCAAAGUCAUGAAUUUCCUGAUUGGAGCUUUUAAACCGCCAUGUACUAUUUCGAUCUCAUUCGCGGAUGGAAGAACACGCAAGCAGGUACCGUUGAAGAAGGACAAUGGUCAAACAGUCAUGGUUCCUCUGUUCGAAAGUCAGGAGAGUAUAAUUGGAGAGGUUGUUGUUGAACCAUUGCAAGGGAAGAAGGUUGAGCACAUUGGUGUUAAAAUCGAGCUCCUCGGCCAGAUAGAAUUGUAUUUUGACAGGGGCAACUUCUAUGAUUUUACUUCUUUAGUGCGUGAACUUGAUGUACCCGGUGAAUUAUAUGAAGGAAAAACGUACCCCUUUGAAUUCUCAACUGUCGAGAUGCCCUACGAAUCGUAUAAUGGAGUCAAUGUAAGACUCAGGUACAUUUUGAAAGCAACGAUUAGCAGAAACAUUGUCAGCAACAUUGUGGAGAGCCAGGAUUUUGUGGUCCGGAAUUACACCCCACUUCCACCUAUCAAUAACAGCAUCAAGAUGGAAGUUGGGAUCGAGGAUUGCCUACACAUUGAGUUUGAAUACAACAAAAGCAAGUAUCACUUGAAGGAUGUUAUAAUAGGCAAAAUCUACUUUCUUCUUGUAAGAAUCAAGAUAAAGAAUAUGGAGCUUGAGAUCAGGCGUCGAGAAUCAACUGGAUCAGGCCAUAAUACCUACGUUGAGACGGAAACCCUAGCUAAAUUUGAGUUGAUGGAUGGCGCUCCAGUCAGGGGCGAAUCGAUCCCAAUCAGAUUGUUCCUGAGCCCAUACGAAUUAACACCAACGUAUCGCAACAUCAAUAAUAAAUUCAGUGUGAAGUAUUAUCUAAACCUCGUUCUAGUGGAUGAAGAGGACCGGCGGUACUUCAAGCAGCAAGAAAUGACAGUAUACCGGCUUCUUGAAACUCCAUGAAUCUUUUCCCGGCUUGUACGAUCUCAUUGUUCGAUUCAGGGAAGAGAUUGCACUUUCCAACAUUGGACUGAACCACUCAUCCGGUUUUACCAAGGAACCAAGCACACCCUUGUGACAUCUAAAGAGCCACUUAAACGAGAGACGGUCGAUUCCCCGUUUUUGGUUUAUCUAUGGGCCAAAUCGAAUAGACUCUUCAAGUUUGGCCCCGCCCUCGAUUCAGCUGGAAGAGCGUCUUUGUUCUCGUGGCUGUCGUCCUCCGUGUUGUGGUUCGGGGCAUGUUUACCAUCGGAUCGCAUUCCAUCCGAUCCCGUGUGUCCUUUAUUAUUCCGUAGGGCAGCUUUCCGCGUCGACGGAAGCCUUCGCAUCUGUUUUUGUGUGGUAACUUUAGAUUCAUACUCGUUGAGGAAGACAAAAAGAGUAGGAGAAUCUAAUUCUGGACGUGUAGCAUUUGAAGGGAUGCACUUUAUAGCUUGCUGUAGUUAUAUGCGCAGAUUGAACAAUGGUCCUGGUUUUUUGGAACGA